AUGGUGUUGUUAAAAGUAAAAUUCCCCUUCCAAAAGAGGGUGCGUCUGGCCCAGGGUCUAUGGCUGUUUUCAUGGGUGGCCAUGUUCUCUGGAGCCAUCACCUUUGCUAUGGGAGUCUUCCUCAAAACUGAGCUACAUCGCAGAUCAGAGGUAAUGCACAGUAUGGGCAUCCACAUUGUGCCAAAUCUGCUGAUGGCAGUGGGGUUAGCAUCAGUGGGUAUCAACAUCUGUGCUGGUAAAGUCUGCCAGGACUCACUGGACCCCUCGCGUUUCCCACGCUGGAAGAUGUUUCUUCCUCCUUUCUUCUGCUUCUCUGUCUUCCUCACCUCCCUGCUGCUGGUGGCCAUGAUUCUGAGCUUCGCCCUGCAGCCCAGCCUGGAGGAGUCUCUGAAGAUUGGGCUGAAGAACGGCAUCCGUUUCUACAAGGAUACAGACACACCAGGCCGUUGUUUCCAGAAGGAGACUAUUGAUCGUUUACAGAUUGAGUUCCAGUGCUGUGGUAAUACUAACUACAGGGACUGGUUUGAGGUGCAGUGGAUCAGCAACCGCUACCUGGACUUCACAUCCAAAGAAGUGAAAGAUCGUGUGAGGAGUAACGUAGACGGACGAUAUCUGCUGGAUGGGGUCCCAUUCAGCUGCUGUAACCCUGCCUCCCCCCGGCCCUGUAUCCAGUACAGUCUCCUGGACAACGCUGCCCAUUACAACUACGAGCACCAGAGUGAAGAGCUGAACCUGCACAGCCGAGGUUGCCGCCAGGCCCUUGUCAGCUACUACAUGGGUUUAAUGAACACCAUCGGCCCUUGUGUACUGUUUGAUUUUCUUCUCCAGAUGACCAUUCUGGUGAGUCUGCGCUAUCUGCAGACUGCAAUGGAGGGUGUGAUUGGACAGGAGAAUGUGGAGAUCGAGACAGAGGGAUACAUCCUGGAGAAGGGAGUGAAGGAGACAUUGCUGGAGACUAAAGAAAAGAUGAAGAAGCUCCUCCAGUUCGCUCAGGUGGGCGACGCAUCCGCUGCGACCCCGGACACACAGCCAGAGGCAGAAAAGCCAGCCACAGCCUAA